AUGUCUCUACCCAAGCAGCUUGCCCUUCUGGUGUCGGUAGUUGCUCCUGCAAUAUGGUUCUCAGGCUUGAUUCAUUCUGGACAAUAUGAAUUGAGUGUAGAGCAACUACUCUUUGGCACUGCGCUAACCUUUCCCAUCUGUCUUAUUGCCUUUGGAGUGAAUGAUGUUUAUGAUUAUACGUCAGAUUCGCAAAAUCGACGCAAGACCAGUCGGUGGACGGACGGGACCGCUCUCGACCAGCAUCAUCACAGAUGUGUAUUGCUGGCAGCUAAAGUAUCGACUGCUCUAGUCAUAUUGAUAACUUUUCCCUCAUGGAAAAAGUCUCCAGAGCUCUUUACUUGUAUCAUGGCUGUUCUCGCGUUACUGUGGGCAUACUCAUCACCCCCCUUCCGACUCAAGGAACGACCGGUUCUGGACUCGCUUUCAAAUGGAGCACUAUGCUGGCUUUUCUGGGCUUGCGGCUAUAUUUCCGAUGGAAACGCAAUAUUCGUCUCUUCUGUACCUGCUUCAAAGAGCGGCUGGCUUAUCCUAUUAUAUGGUUCAGCUCUGCACAGCAUGGCCGCGAUGGUAGAUGUGGACGCAGAUGCCUUUGCAGAGUAUCGUACUAUUGCGACAGUCUACGGGGAGAAGUUCUCAGCAAUGUUCUCUCUUACCUGUUUUUUGCUUGCUAGUUUUAUGAUAAAUCCAUGGUCUGAAGUUAGUAUGGCCAUCUACGCAGGCGUCUUCACUACUUUCUUCCUUGUAUUUAUGCCCCGGGCGAAGUAUAUCUUAACGAGAGCUGCUUUUCUAGGCUCUUAUGCUGGCGCUAUCGUAUGGACGGCCAAAAAGCUCUGCGGAAUCAUGAGAGGUCAAAAUGUCGUUGGGACUUGGUGA